UGGCAACAGAUAGCUAACAGCGUUCUCCGGUAAUGGCGUAUUGUAAGUUUUCAAUAAAAUAUUACUUAAGUUCGGCAUAGUAAACCUAAUUUAGUAUUUAUAAUUUUAUCAUAUCUCAGCAGCGAAACUUAGCAAUAAUAGUUUUUCAGUUUUAUUGUUUGAUUUGCGAAAGAAAGUUUCUGAUUCUAGUUUUAAACAAACUAAACUAAAGAAUCAAAUUGAUUUUCAAAGACCAAGUUGAUGUUCAGUCUCAGUUUCGGAAUGAAAUAACAUUGAAGAUAAGUAAAGGAUAUUGUCAGAUCAGAAAAAAGGAUGGAUGAAGUGAUGGAAAUUGUGGAAGUCACAUCCUUGAAAGACCCAUCAUCGAAAGACAAUAAUGGAAUUAUCGAGGCUUCAUUUAAAGACGAUGGUUCUUCGAAACAAAAUGCCAAACAUUCCGACGACGUUACUAGUGAAAAUAAUGGAGACGCGAGUGAUAUACAGUCGAAUGAUACUACUAAGAAAGACCAUGUUCUUGAUGAUUCUACUCAUUUAGAAACAAACCACAAUGACACUGAAAAACAGAAUUCUUAUGAAAAUCAUAUUGACUCUCCAAAGAGCAACUCAAAUGAUUCUUCAAAAAUUGAAGAUUCUGUCAAAAUAAAUGAUUCAGUGUCUAAUGAAUCAAAUGAAGCAGUGAACAAAACUGAAGAGAACUGUAAAACUGAGUCUGAUAUGCAACAAGAAACUGAACUGCAAGAAGAAAAGAAAUCUGAACCCUCUAGUUCUAUGGAACAGGUGAAGGAAAAUGAUGUUAUGGGGGAAGAUGCUGUGAAGUAUCCUGACAAAGAUGAUACUGGAAAAGAUGCCUCACCUAAAAAUUCAAUUGAAACUACAGAUAUAGAAACAACAGAUGUAGUGAAGAAAAAAGAUGACUCAACAAAGAAAAAGAAAGGAAAAAUUUGUGUUGUAUGUGGAAAAAAAAGAAAGAUAGAAUUCCGAAUCCAUUUCCAAGGGAAGGUCCAACUGCUUUGUUCGGAUCAGUGUUAUAAGCAGUUCAAAGAAAAUCAAUCAGAGUCUAAAGCAGAGACAGUCGCCAAGCCAGCUGAACCUGUUCAAGACUCCUUUUGUCCUCAGUGUCAGAAGUUAAUUUUUCCUAAUCAAGGUUACUAUCCUGUAGUUGGGGAAAUCAAACCUCUUUGUUCCGAGGAUUGUGUCAGGAAAUAUCAGGAGAAUAAUGGCCCACCUAGAAAAUGCUCUCAAUGUGAAAAUAAGGUAGAAGACAAAAAUGUUCACCUGACUUGGGAAACCAUGAUAUUUUGUGGAGAGGAUUGCCUCGGAAAAUACCAGUCAUUUCUUGGCAGUCACUGCACCUGCUGUCAGGCACCUGUACAGCAAGCAUCACUGGGAAAAUACUGUGUCUGUUUCGGAUCGGAUAUUCGACAAUUCUGCUCCGGCAGUUGCCUCGACGAUUUCAAGAAAGGCCUUAAAGUAUGUACAUUUUGUCAAACAGAUUUAUCUGCUGGAACUGAAGGAUUUCUUGCUCCAGUUGGUGAUAAGGGGCAGUUUAAAGACUUCUGCUCACAAUCUUGUAUGGAGCGUUAUGAAACAAUGAACAACCUAUCCAAAACAGCUCCAGAGACUCAGGAAUGUGCUCACUGUAAAAAACAAGGCACAUUUAAAAUCCAGGUCCCGUACAAUGAAAAAAAAUAUUUCUUGUGUUGUGACAGCUGCGUUGCUGGAUUGCGCUGCACCCUGAAGAAAUCUGAGAAUGUUUGUGCGUCAUGUCACCGCUUCUUUGAGUGUAGAAAUGAUCUCAAUAGCAAUAAAGAGAAUGACUUCAAGUUCAAAAUGGAUGGAUUAUAUAAAUUCUUUUGCUCCAAAACUUGCAUGACUACAUAUGUUUUAUCUCACCGUAGAAUCACUCAAUGUCUUUUCUGUAAGGUGAAAAAAUAUAAUUUUGACAUGAUAGAAAAAGUGGAUCGGAGUGAUGGACAGAAAAUCUAUUGCUCCUUGAACUGUCUCUCUUUACAUCGAGUCAAUGCUAAUGCAGCCUCUUCAAAAAGCAUUCGAUGUGAUAACUGUUCAAAGACUCAACCUGCUCAGUAUCACCUCACCAUGAGUGAUGGCUCCAUUCGCAAUUUCUGCGCAUACAACUGUGUCUUGGCUUUUCAGAAUCAAUUCACCAGCGUUCCAGCUCUGACCACAACAUCUAUGACUCGACAGUUGACUACACCCGUUCAAACUUUGAAAACCACAUCAGCUCUAAAUUCACCAGUUAUUGCCAAUGUUGUGUCGUUGGCACAACCUCGUACCAGCACACCUGUUGCUAAUAAACCUUUGGUACCACAAACUCUCGUCAGUGUUCGUCCUACUCGCCAACCUGUUGCUGUUUUUACGACAAAGACUCAGGUUUCUACUGUGACAUCUCCAUCUGUUCCGGUUGUGCAGCCCAACUCACAAGGUUCACAAGUCAUGAGGGAAGUCAUCAUUCAACCGCCUGCUCCUAAGUCAGUUAAAAAUAAAACUGUUUGGUGUAAGCCCAUUAUGCAAACCAAAGCAAUAAACACCAAAAGUUCUGCUUGUCACAAGGCCGUGCAAACAGAUGACAGUCCAAGGCCUAUCAUUCUUCCAGUCCCAAUACCAGUUUACGUACCAACUCCAUUGCAUAUGUUUUCGAGGCCUGUACCGUGUCCCGUUCCAUUUCCUGUGCCAAUACCAGUACCCAUCAUCAUUCCAGCUUCUAAAGAACAAGUUUGUAAACAAUUAAAAAAAUAUCAAGAAAAUAUUUCAUGUAAUUCUCUAGUAAAGGAUAAGUUGGAUACAGACCAAAAAUCUCCUGAUGCUAUAAACAGUGAAUCUGAUGAUACACCUGAUGGGUGCACCAAAGAAAACCAAAAAAGAACUCUAAGUUCGCCUAUACAUUCAAAGCACAAAAAAUUGAAAUCGGACGCUUCCGUCGACUCGUCCUCACCCUCUUGUGAAGAGGAAAACCCACAGAAUUCUAUUUUUGACAGUUUUGACGACGAAGAACAGACUAUGUUGAAAGUUCCUUAGUUGUUUUUUAAAUUAAAAUGUAUAUAUGUGAAGAGUUCUUUCAUCAGUCAUAAACGAAACUCUUUUUUGCACUUUAUUUUUUCAAUUUCAGGUGCAUUUAAAGCAUUUUAUUAUUUCACUUAUCAUGAUGGACAAACAGUGUAAAAUAGUCCUAUGCCUAUUUUUGUCUAUUUGCAAUUAUUUACAAUUGUUAAUUAAAAUUGGAAAAACUUCUUUUAUUUAUAAGAAAUGUUAUUUCUUAGCAAAUUUUUUAAAAAGAAAAAAAGUAAAAUGAGUGUUUUGUCAGAAUCUUUGUUAGAAUUUGAUUUUUUUUUAUUUUUAAAUUUAAUAUUGGACUGUAAGUAUGAGUGAAUACAAAUAAAUUUUUUCACUAUAAA